UUCACGCGUGAGCUUCCCAAACUAUAUAUUAAACGCUGCAUUUUUUACAAAUAAAUUUCUAUAGAAAAGCUGCUUUAGAAAAAUACUCUUCCAUCUUCUGUGCAGGGAGGUGAAGUUCCACCUCCCGAACAAAACAUAGAUGGCUGACCGCUAAUUGGUGUUCAACCGAUAUAGAUAGCUACCUUCCCACAUUAGUAACCAAUGUAUUGAUCUGUAGCGCAGUUGAUAUAACUGAAAGAGCAAAUUUUGCUUGGAGCCAGUAGUUUUAUUAACUAUAUUUCGGACUGCACUAUAGUUAACUUUGAAUUUUGUAGUUGAUAUAACUGAAAGAGCAAACUAUCACUUUGGACUAUGUUUCUUUUUCUUACUAGAUUAUUGCAGUUUGGAAUUUGGACCCAUGGCCUUGACAUUAACAUACUCUUCCAUCUUCCACUCUGGAUCCUAUUCCACCAAUUUUUUGCAUUAACGGGAACAUGAUGACAAGAAUGUAAACAUGGUGUGAUAUAAUUAUGUUUGAAUAGUGCAUUAGGGUUUGCACUCUUCGUUGUCGUUAGUUAACGCGAGGGACGAACAUAUCUUCUCUCUCAGCCUCACCUCCUCGACCACUCUAUGUGAGAAUGAUUGGGAACUCGUGUACGGUUAUCUGUAUAGAGUCGGUGUUCGGCGGGGAAUUUGCAACCCCCUUAUAAGUUUAGCAGCAAUUGGUCACUUAGCGGAGGCUGGUUUGGUCUUAUUCACCUGGGUCAUGUGAGGAGCUAUGCUAGCACACUGUGGUGGUGGAUUGUUUUGAUUGUUUUUUCCUGUUUAUAAUCUUUCAGUAUAGUAAUCUUGUAAAUUUCUUCUGCUAUAUCAAAUAAAACUUCGCUGUUAUCUAGUGCGAGUCCUAAAAAUAGUGGACGAUGGAACUAGUUUGGUAAUAACACUAUGUACUAUCUUAUCUUGAUUAUGUGGAGAAUUAAGGACGGGGUUGUUAAGAUCGGGAUGUUUGGUGCAACAACCAAUGGAACCAUGCGUGAUAUUGAUGUGGCACCUGUGUCCCUCAAGUCCGUGACGGUUGGGAGCAUAGACACCGUCGACUGCAUCAGUUUCAACUUUGAGGACAAGGAUGGGAAUGAGCUUGCUGUCGGCCCAUGGGGUGGCACACUUGGAAGGGAUCACACGUUUGUGUUGAAGUCCAACGAGUACGUGAGGGAGGUUUCGGGGACGUUUGGGCCAUUCGCCACACAACACCUUGAUCGCACCGUGAAUUCGCUCACCUUUGUUACCAGCCAAGGUACGAUAUACGGGCCAUUCGGAACUCCUAAUGGCACUUCUUUCAGGAUCCCGGUGGAGAAAGGCAGCAUUGUUGGCUUUUACGCUCUUGCAGAUGGAUUUGUCUCUGCUAUUGGUUUCUAUGUUCGCCAGUAACCGGAGACAUGCUUAAUUGAAAGGCAUCCAUGGAUAUUUAUAAACCAACGAUCGAUUACAUGUAUUGACAUUUCUGGUGUGAGCAC